GCAAGAGGCUCGAAAUCCCACAAAGCGAUCUGUCUGAUGGAGCCUUCUCGUUCAGAUAUGCCACGCCCGGGAGGAGAGAAGUGCCACCUGUGUGAUGUGUGUGGAUACGCCAGCUCCAAGCUAGAUCGUUUUAAGAAUCACAUGUUCACUCACACGGGAGAGAAGCCAUUUGCGUGUGACACUUGUGAAUACAAGUUUAGGAACCGCAGUGAUCUCAAGAGACACAUGCGUAUACACACUGGAGAAAAGCCGCAUGCGUGCGACACGUGUGCGUACAUGUGUAUGACGCCUGGUAGACUUAAGCUACACAUGCGCACUCACACGGGAGAAAAGCCGUAUGUGUGCGAUAUAUGUGAACACAGAUAUACUACCCUCGGUAAUCUCAAGGUACACAUACGCACUCACACCGGAGAGAAGCCAUUUGCGUGCGACACUUGUGAAUACAAGUUUAGGAACUGCCGUGAUCUCAAGAGACACAUGCGUAUACACACUGGAGAAAAGCCGUAUGCGUGCGACACGUGUGCGUACAGGUGUAGGACGCCUGGUAGACUCAAAUACACGACCCUCGGUAGUCUCAAGGUGCACAUGCACAAUCACACGGGAGAGAAGCCAUUUGCAUGUGACACUUGUGAAUACAUGUGUAGGCUUUCCACUGAGCUCGAGAAACACAUGCGCACUCACACAGGAGAAAAGCCGUUUGUGUGCAAUAUAUGUGAUCACAGAUAUACUACCCUCGGUAAUCUCAAGGUACACAUACGCACUCACACCGGAGAGAAGCCAUUUGCGUGCGACACUUGUGAAUACAAGUUUAGGAACUGCCGUGAUCUCAAGAGACACAUGCGUAUACACACUGGAGAAAAGCCGUAUGCGUGCGACACGUGUGCGUACAGGUGUAGGACGCCUGGUAGACUCAAGCUACACAUGCGCACUCACACGGGAGAAAAGCCGUAUGCGUGCGAUAAAUGUGAACACAGAAAUACUACCCUUGGUAACCUCAAGGACCACAUGCGCACUCACACGGGAGAAAAGCCAUAUGUGUGCGAUAUAUGUGAUCACAGAAAUACUACCCUCGGUAACCUCAAGGACCACAUGCGCACUCACACGGGAGAAAAGCCAUAUGUGUGCGAUAUAUGUGAUCACAGAUAUGCUACCCUUGGUAACCUCAAGGACCACAUGCGCACUCACACGGGAGAAAAGCCAUAUGUGUGCGAUAUAUGUGAUCACAGAUUAUUAU